ACACAAGCGGCAUCCAUUUCCAAGUGUUCAGUCAGAACUUCACCUUCAUUGUUUUGAACUUUUGUUAGUUCAAAUGGCUUCUAAACCGACCUUGAAGAGAGCUGACUCAAUGGCUGAAAACAUGCCUGACGCCUUAAGGCAAAGCCGGUACCACAUGAAGAGGUGCUUUGCGAGGUACAUUGGAAAGGGGAAAAGGUUGAUGAAACUCAACCAUUUGAUGGAUGAAAUGGAGGCUGUGAUAGAUGACAAGAAUGAAAGAACCCAGGUCUUGGAGGGUGUGCUUGGCUUCAUCUUGUGUUCCACUCAGGAGGCUGUGGCUAUUCCUCCGCAUGUUAUCUUUUCCAUAAGAUCAAAUCCUGGGUUUUGGGAGUAUGUUAAGGUGAGCUCCGAUGAUCUUUCAGUGGAGGCCAUUACAGCAGCAGACUAUCUGAAAUUCAAAGAAAUGGUCUUUGAUGAGAACUGGGCAAAAGAUGACAAUGCAUUGGAAUUGAAUUUCUCGGUAUUUGACUUUCCUAUGCCUCGCUUGACUCUGUCAUCUUCCAUUGGAAAUGGAGUUAGUCUUGUUUCCAAGUUUAUGACUUCAAAGCUGAAUGGGAACUCGCAAAGUGCACAACCUCUGGUGGAUUAUUUGCUAUCACUAAAUCAUCAAGGAGAAAAACUUAUGAUAACUAAUACCCUCAACACCCCCACAAAGCUCCAGAUGGCACUAAUAGUGGCUGAAGUUUUCGUCUCUGCACUUCCAAAAGACACGCCGUAUCCAAGCUUUGAGCUAAGAUUUAAGGAGUGGGGCUUCGAGAAGGGAUGGGGCAAUACAGCAGAACGAGUGAAGGAGACUAUGAGAUCACUUUCAGAGGCACUUGAAGCACCCGAUCCAAUGAAUAUGGAAAAGUUCUUGAGCAGGCUGCCAACUAUAUUCAAUGUUGUAAUAUUCUCUCCUCAUGGCUACUUUGGUCAGUCAGAUGUCCUUGGUCUGCCUGAUACCGGUGGGCAGGUAGUUUACAUUCUGGAUCAAGUUAGAGCAUUGGAAGAGGAACUGCUCCUCAGAAUAAAGCUGCAAGGGCUUAAUGUGAAGCCUCAGAUUCUUGUGGUCACACGACUCAUACCUGACGCCCGGGGUACCAAGUGCAACCAGGAGUGGGAACCUAUCGACAAUACCAAGCACUCUACUAUUCUCCGGAUCCCAUUUAGGACAGAGAAAGGAAUACUCAACCAAUGGGUUUCUCGAUUUGAUAUUUAUCCUUACCUUGAGAGGUUUACACAGGAUGCCACAGCCAGGAUCAUUGAGCACAUGGAAGGGAAACCAGACCUUAUCAUUGGAAACUACACUGAUGGGAAUUUGGUGGCAUCUCUCAUGGCUGCUAAACUUGGGAUAACUCAGGGAACUAUUGCACAUGCCUUAGAGAAGACUAAGUACGAAGAUUCGGAUGUCAAAUGGAAGGAAUUAGAGCCCAAAUAUCAUUUCUCAUGCCAAUUUACAGCUGAUACAAUUUCGAUGAAUGCAGCAGAUUUCAUUAUCACAAGCACAUACCAGGAAAUUGCUGGAAGCAAAGAUAGACCUGGACAGUAUGAAAGCCACACUUCAUUUACUCUUCCAGGGCUGUGUAGAGUUGUUUCAGGCAUCAAUCUCUUUGAUCCCAAAUUCAACAUCGCUGCCCCUGGGGCCGACCAGUCUGUCUAUUUCCCUUACAUGGAGAGACACAAGCGACUCACGUCAUUCCAACCCGCAAUUGAAGAACUACUUUAUAGCAAACAAGAUAACAAUGAGCAUAUUGGAUUUCUAGCAGACAGAAAGAAACCUAUCAUCUUCUCAAUGGCAAGGCUGGACAUAGUGAAGAACAUUUCGGGGUUAACUGAGUGGUUCGGGAAGAACAAGAGGCUGAGAAGUUUGGUUAAUCUCGUUAUUGUCGCAGGUUUCUUUGAUCCAUCCAAAUCAAAAGAUAGAGAAGAAAUGGCUGAAAUAAAAAAGAUGCAUACGCUGAUAGAAAAAUACCAACUUAAGGGUCAGAUCAGAUGGAUAGCAGCACAGAAUGACAGAAGGCGUAACGGCGAGCUCUACCGCUGCAUAGCUGACACGAAAGGAGCUUUUGUCCAGCCUGCUAUAUAUGAGGCAUUUGGUCUAACCGUCAUAGAGGCAAUGAACUGUGGAUUGCCCACCUUUGCUACAAAUCAAGGAGGCCCAGCCGAAAUUAUUGUUGAUGGGGUCUCAGGCUUCCAUAUUGACCCCAACAUUGGAGAUGAAUCGAGCAACAAGAUUGCUGAUUUCUUUGAGAAGUGCAAGGAUGAUUCGGACCAUUGGAACAAGAUCUCCAAAGCAGGUCUACAACGCAUAAACGAGUGCUACACAUGGAAAAUCUAUGCAAACAAGGUGUUGAAUAUGGGGUGCGUUUUUAGCUUCUGGAGGCAUUUGAACACGGAACACAAGCAAGCAAAGCAAAAAUACAUUCACAUGUUCUACACUCUCCAAUUUAGGAACUUGGUGAAGAAUAUACCCAUACCGGCUAGUGAAGUUCAGCCACCAGUGUCGAGGGCCAUAACCAAAGUACCCCCUACACAGAGCACCACCAGGCGCUCACAGUCUCGACUGGGAAGAUUAUUUGGAGUUUGAAGAUCGAAACACAAGAGCCGCCAUUAAAAGUUCAGUUUCUGUUAUGUUAUUAAAGAACAUGAUUGGUGUGUUGUAAUAACUGAAGCCAAGAGAUUCCAGCUUCUGUCUGUACAAGAUAUCAGAAUGUGUAAUCUAAAUUACUCAAUUAUUGUUAAA